AUGGUGAGUGUGUUACUGGCGGUGGGGUUGGAGCUCAGCAGCGCGCUGCUGUUUGGGGAGCAGCUGCGGGUGUGUGCCCCGCCCCCCAGCAGCAGAGCUCCCUUUGCUGCAGCAGGAACAGCAGGAGUUAACUAUCUGCAGCAGCAGCAGCUGCUGCUGCAGCAGCAGCUGCAGCAGCAGCAGCAGCAGCAGCAGCAGCAGCUGCCCCCCAGCAGCAGAGCUCCCUUUGCUGCAGCAGGAACAGCAGGAGUUAACUAUCAGCAGCAGCAGCAGGGAGAAAAUAAUGCUCAUACAGAACAUAUAGACAACUAUCUGCAGCAAUUCAAACAACAGCUGCAGCAGCAGCAGCAAGUGCUGCAGCAGCAGGAACAGCAGCAGCAGGAACAGCAGCAGCAAAACACACAAACCUCUCCAUCCGCAGCAGCAGCAGCAGCAGCAGCAGCAGCAGGAGAAGCAGAAGCAGCAGCAGCAAGUGGUUUAUCUUCUUUUUUCUUUCGGGGGUUGCUGGGGUCCCGAGCAGCAGAUUGCGGCGUAAGGAGCCGUGGGGUGUAUAGGCAGCUCCUUUCUCUUGUUGCUGCUGGUGAUAUGAAUGUAAAAGCAGCAAAAGAAGAAAACACUGCAGCAGAUAUAAACCCUUAUAUUUGUACUCUCUUCAUCUUCCUCUACAUGAUACUCUGCAUUGGCUUCGCCGAAGAAUUUUCAAAAGUAACAGCUAUGCUGCUGCUGCGUCCUUCUCGUCUCCCCCACCCGCACGACUGGGUACAGGGGGCCCCCGCGCUGGGGGCCCCCGCGGUGGGGGCCCCCCUGGGGCCCCCCCCCAUGGGGGCCCCGGCUAUGGGGGGGCCCCCCAUCGUGGGGGGCCCCUGGGGGUAUGAAGAGAUGUUUGGGGGGGAAGCAGAGAAAGAAGAGAAUGCGUUUCAUCAUUAUGUCUAUCAUCCGCUGUCGAUGGUUGUUGGUGGUUGUUGUGCUGCUCUGGGGGCGUUUACAGCGAUCCCUUCGCAUGCAGCGAAUACAGAGCAGCAGCAGCAGCAGCUGCUGCUGCAGCAGCAACUGCUGCAGCAGCAAUUCGCCCCCAUUCCUCCAGACACAGCUACAUGGCAGCAGCGUGCUGCUGCACACCAGCAGCAGCGGCAGCAACAGCAGCAGCAGCAGCAGCAGCAGCAGCAGCAACAGCAGCAGCAGCAGCUUCUGUGUGCACCCAUCUACCGCCAGUAUGCUCCUAUGCAGACCCCCCUGCUGUCGCAGCAGCAACGGCAGCAGCUGCAGCAGCAGCAGAGCAGCAGCAGCAGCAGCAGCAGCAGCAGCUAA